AUGGAUAAAAUUACUAUCAAGGAGUUGAAUUUUAUGUUCAAAAUUUGUCAAAAACAAAAAUUUGAUGAUCAAAUUCCUGAAGAUAUUGUUCAAAUCAUAAGGGAAUAUAUUGUUUCAAAGAAACUUGUCGUUCACCUGAGAGAAACGAUUUCACGAAGGAAGAAGAAAUAUUAUGAAUUUGGAUGGGAUCAAGAUGAUUUAUUGACGCAACUAGUCUCAUUAUCUGCAAAAUUAUUUAAACCCCAGGUAGAAAAUUUGAAGAGCACACAUAUUAAAACGAUGAAUAAAUGGUUUCUUGACCCAAAAAAGCACAAUAUGAAAUUUGAAGUUGAGUUAAAUUCAAGGGCAGAAGUUAUGACUGAAAUCAUCUUAAAUCAAGAAAGAUACUUGCCAGGAUUUAAAUAUUUUUAUGAAUAUGAUUGGGGUUAUUCAGAUGAAAAGGAUGAUGUUUCUCUUGAGGGUGAUUUGCUAUUUAUUUCUGAGGUUGGUAUUAUGGCUGUUGUUGAAGUUAAACAUAUUAAUAAGGCUCAUCUUAAGGAGAAUAAGAAGGAAAUUAAAAGACAGGCUAAGAAGUUUAAGUAUUUUGCUGAUAAACGAUUCGGAUCAAGGGUUGUUGCGAUAAUCGGAUUAUAUGCGAUUCAUGGUAAAGACGGUCAGAUUGCCUUGGAUUAUAUUGAUCCUUUUGAUAAAAGGCUUGCAAAAAAAGCUAGAGCAUUUCUGGAAAAAGAAUCGAGUGCGUCGUCAGAUUCAAGUUCGGACGAUGAGACCGACUCUGCCUUGGAUGAUGCAUUACAAUCCGAUCAAGGAAAUAACUCUUUUAAACUUUUCAAAUCCACCAUUAAGUUUAUAUUUGAAAUUCCGUACCGUAUGGACGUAACGGAAGAAUCUGCUUCAUUAUAA